AGAAAGGUCGUGUUCGUUAAAAUUUGAAGAUGGUGCUUGAAGACUCAAUCGGAGCUUCAAAACCCUCAAUUGUUUCUAUAGAUUGAGUGAUUCCAGAACCCUAAUCGAAUAAUUGUUCUUCAAAAUGAGCAACGAGGAGGAGGAUAAACGGAACAAGGUUAAUAAUCCAUGGCAGCAACAAACCAGUGGCUGUCAGGAUAAAGAUGGGGACAUGAAGCUAUGGGGCAUUGUUGUUUUUGGAUUAAUCGGAGCCACCGUCACCACAUUAGCCGUCACUCAAUUGCGAAGGACAGCUGAUUGGGUUUAUAGUCAGGCCUGCGAAAAGUUGAGCAGUUCUCAAUCAGCAUGGAAGAACAGGCAUUCUUUUCGAUCUAGUUUUCAAAAGGAAGCAUGGAAAAGAUAUAACCGCCGUAUGCAAGAAGAAUAUGAAGAAGAAAUGGAGAGAGUGGAGCGAAUUCGGAGGAUGCAAAGUGUAUUCAAUAGAGAGAGAAAUAAAUUCAGAAGGGGUUAUGAGGGAUGGAACGAACAUGAUUCAGGUGCAUAUCAUCAGAAUUUUCAGAGGAAUGAUUGGUACUGGAAAGCAGAAGCUUCAUACAGAUAUCAACAAAGCAAUUUUAGGCAGAACAAUCCAAGGGCCAGCACAAAUGUUUCGUUAUCACAGCAUUACUCGGUCCUUGGCCUUGACAGGCGGAGGACAAAGCCCUACACAGAUGAAGAGAUAAAGUCGGCCUUCAGAACAAAGGCGAAGGAGUUCCAUCCGGACCAGAAUCAGGACAAUAAAGAUUACGCUGAAACAAAAUUCAAGGAAGUUAUGGUGUCUUACGAGGCCAUCAAGUCCGAAAGAAAAAACAACAGCCCCAGCAGGUGAUCUCGAGGAUUCCAUUCCAAUGUUCUCCAAGGAGUACGUAUUCAAGCAUCUCUACAUUUCGUAUACAAUGUAAUUAGAUUCGCCACGUUGAGGUCUACUGCAGUAUAUUCCAUUUGAACCUCUUCUAAGCAGAGCCAUGAUCAAGAACUUGGCCGAUGAGUUUGUAAUGUAAUUAUAGUCGACAUGCUUCAUAUCGUUGUAGCAGGCAAUAAUCGUAUCAUAAAGGAAUUAAUAAGCAUGCUCAAAUAUCUUAGAUGGAAUGCUUGGUAAUUUUUGCCAGUUUAGGAUCAAAUUAGAGAAAGGAUUAGAGAAUAUUUUGUAGACUAAAUGACUCCUCUAAGUGGCUAUGGAGCAUUGCUUUCUUGGUGAAUUGUUCUCAUUUAAGGUUAUUUGAUAUUUUAGUGAAACUGCUAUUUAGAAGCAA